GAAAAGAAUCCCUAAGUUUGAAUUUAAAGAAACUUCAGUAGAGUAUUGCUACCAAAAGAAGGUAACGAAGCAAGUGGUCGACAAGGAAGGUUUGAUUCUCUUGAAUUCGAUGUAGUUCUUUAUUCAAUCCUUCAAUUAGAUUGGUGUCAUCUCUCCUGCGACAGUAAUACAACAAGUAUUAUGGAUCAACAAGAUGAUUUCAAGGGUUCACCUUACCACCGACAUCGUGAUGUUGAGUCCGGUGGGAGUAGCCGAUAUCCUGAUUGUUCUGAAGAAGAUAAUUUUAGUCCUUUUGAUCUUACUACUACUAAGCAUGCUCCUAUUGAACGUCUUAAACGUUGGAGGCAAGCAGCACUUGUUUUAAAUGCUUCUCGAAGAUUCCGUUAUACCUUGGACUUGAAGAAGGAAGAAGAGAAAAAAGAAAUAAUAAGGAAGAUUCGAACGCAUGCGCAAGUUGUACGGGCUGCAAAUCUUUUCAAGGAAGCUGCAGAGAGAUUAAAGGUUGCUCAAGAGUUUCCUGGUGCUCCACGUGGUGAGUAUGGAGUUCAUCAAGAGGAACUUGCUGCUAUGUCAAAAGAUCAUGAUUUGUCGGCUUUACAUCAAUUGGGUGGGGUAACUGGGUUGGCAGAAAAGCUUAUAUCAAACACAGAGAAGGGGAUCCCUGGCAAUGAUGAAGAUGUGCUCCAAAGGAAAAAUGCCUUUGGACCAAAUACAUAUCCCAGGAAGAAGGGGCGAAGUUUUUGGCGCUUUCUUUGGGAGGCUUGUCAAGAUUUGACCUUAGUAAUAUUGAUGGUGGCUGCUGUGGCGUCUUUGGCUCUGGGUAUCAAAUCAGAGGGAAUAAAACAAGGAUGGUAUGAUGGGGGAAGCAUUCUCUUUGCUGUUUUCCUUGUAAUUAUUGUUACAGCUAUCAGUGAUUAUAGACAAUCUCUCCAGUUUCAAAAUUUAAAUGAGGAGAAAAGGAAUAUACACUUGGAGGUUAUCAGAGGGGGUCGGAGGAUAGAAGUUUCAAUUUUUGAUAUUGUUGUUGGAGAUGUUGUCCCUUUGAAAAUUGGUGAUCAGGUUCCUGCUGACGGGGUGCUUAUAUCUGGUCAUUCGCUCGCCAUUGAUGAAUCUAGUAUGACUGGAGAGAGCAAAAUUGUUUCCAAAGAUGCCAAGUCACCAUUCUUAAUGUCUGGCUGCAAAGUAGCCGAUGGCUACGGAACUAUGCUGGUCACAAGCGUGGGUAUAAACACAGAAUGGGGUAUGCUUAUGGCUAGUAUCUCAGAAGACACAGGUGAAGAAACUCCAUUGCAGGUGCGCCUGAAUGGCCUUGCAACUUUUAUUGGUAUAGCUGGAUUAUCAGUAGCUUUAGUUGUGCUGAUUGUUCUUGUUGCAAGGUACUUUUCUGGUCAUACGUAUGAUGUUAACGGAAAUCCCGAGUUCGUAGGAGGAAAGACAAAAGCUAGUCAUGCAAUUGAUGGUCUUAUCAAAAUUAUCACUGUUGCUGUGACUAUUGUGGUUGUUGCUGUGCCUGAAGGUCUUCCCUUAGCUGUCACCUUAACUCUUGCUUACUCAAUGAGGAAAAUGAUGAGGGACAAGGCUCUGGUUCGUAGGCUUUCAGCUUGUGAAACCAUGGGUUCUGCAACUACAAUAUGCAGUGACAAGACCGGAACUUUGACCCUGAAUCAGAUGACUGUUGUGGAGGCUUAUGCAAAUGGCAAGAAACUAGAUCCACCUAAUAAUGCUUCAUUGUUGUCUCCUAAGUGUUCCUCUGUACUCGUUGAGGGCAUUGCGCAGAAUACAACUGGUUGUGUUUUUCUGCCCGAGGGUGGGGGUGAUGUCGAAAUAUCUGGUUCACCAACUGAAAAGGCCAUUCUUUCUUGGGGAGUAAAGCUUGGAAUGAACUUUGAAGCUACAAGAUCAGCAUCUACGAUCAUCCACGCUUUCCCAUUCAACUCAGAGAAAAAACGAGGAGGUGUUGCAGUUAAAACACCUGAUUCUGAAGUUCGUAUACAUUGGAAAGGAGCUGCUGAAAUUGUCUUGGCGUCAUGCAGCAGUUAUCUGGAUGAAAAUGAUUCGCUCACAGCACUAGAUGAGCAUAAGUUGGCCUUUUUUAAGGAGGCAAUUGAACAGAUGGCUGCACAGAGUCUUCGUUGUGUUGCAAUUGCAUAUAGAUCGUACGAUUCCAAUAAAGUGCCGUCUGAUGAAGAUCAACUAUCUCACUGGGUGUUGCCAGAGGAUGAUUUGAUUUUACUGACAAUUGUUGGUAUAAAGGAUCCUUGUCGUCCUGGAGUCAGAGAUUCGGUUGAGUUAUGCAAAGCUGCUGGAGUGAAGGUGCGCAUGGUCACUGGAGACAAUCUUCAGACUGCAAAAGCAAUAGCUCUUGAGUGUGGCAUCCUGUCUUCAGAUGCAGAUGCUAAUGAACCAAAUUUGAUUGAGGGAAAGACAUUUCGUAACAAAUCAGAAGCUGAGAGAGAAGAAAUUGCAGAAAAGAUAUCAGUUAUGGGAAGGUCUUCGCCCAACGACAAGCUUUUGCUUGUCCAAGCUUUGAAGAGAAAGGGUCAUGUUGUAGCUGUUACUGGAGAUGGAACCAAUGAUGCUCCUGCAUUACAUGAGGCAGACAUUGGUCUUGCUAUGGGUAUUGCUGGUACAGAAGUAGCGAAAGAAAGCUCAGAUAUCAUCAUAUUGGACGAUAAUUUUGCUUCUGUUGUCAAGGUUGUUCGAUGGGGUAGAUCUGUUUAUGCAAACAUCCAAAAAUUCAUCCAGUUUCAGCUUACAGUCAAUGUUGCUGCCCUCGUCAUUAAUGUUGUUGCUGCCUUUUCCACUGGUGAUGUGCCACUGAAUGCUGUACAGCUUCUUUGGGUCAAUCUGAUUAUGGAUACUCUUGGAGCACUUGCCUUGGCUACAGAACCACCUACAGAUCACCUCAUGCACAGACCUCCUGUUGGUCGAAGGGAACCUCUUAUAACAAAUAUUAUGUGGAGGAACCUAUUGAUACAGGCUAUCUAUCAAGUGAUUGUUCUGCUUGUACUCAACUUCCAAGGUCGAAAUAUUUUACGUCUGCAACAUGAUUCCACUCGACAUGCUAACAGAGAAAAGAACACAGUGAUCUUUAACGCGUUUGUUCUUUGUCAGAUAUUCAAUGAGUUCAAUGCUCGUAAGCCUGAUCAACUCAAUAUUUUCGAUGGUGUUAUUAAAAACCGUCUGUUCAUAGGAAUAGUUGGACUAACCGUGAUACUUCAGAUCAUUAUAGUAGAGUUUCUUGGCAAGUUUGCCAAAACUGUGAAGCUGAGCUGGCAGUUGUGGAUUGUGUGCACCGUUAUUGGUCUUAUCAGUUGGCCACUUGCUGCUUUGGGCAAGUUGAUACCUGUACCAAAAACACCAUUAAGCAAGUUCUUCAAGCGAUGCAGUUGUCAUCGGAGGAGUCGACGUAGUAGGAUAUCAACAUUCUCUGUUAAUUCUGUUGAAAUCGCUUUGAAUAUGUAUGUUUUGUAUGAUUAGUCAAAUAUUUGUUGUCCGAUUUCAGGUUAGAAGAGUUUGGAUGAUAAAUUUUCUACACAACUAACGAUAGAGACGAGCAACUUGUUAAUCAAAAACUUGUAUAGACUUUUUGAAUAUUUUGGUGGUUGGCAUUCUCCUGAACACCUCUUCAUGACUGUUGAUCAAGUUUUUCAAGUUGUAGGUGUUGAUUUCUUGGAGUUUUAGCAGCGAGUUCUGUUUCAAUGAAAUUAUCUUUUGUGGCUUCCUCAUUUGUGAGUGUUGAGAGAGCUCUCUGCAACUGGAUGGUCUCAGGAAAAGACUAAUUGUUACAGUUUUACCUCUUUCUAAUUUGUCAUGUACUAAUUACUGAUAUCAUACAUCUCAGGAUCAUGGAUUUCUUUUGUGAAACCAAGAAAGGAAUGUUUAUAUUCUUUUUGUUAGAAUCUCUCUUGGGGUCAUAUGUGAGUGCAUUUGCUAUUCCUUCACUAUCUGUCUGAUUGUUGGUAGUAAAUGAUAAUUAUAUGAAUUUUAUGUAUUGUAAAUUUUCAU